CAGAGGGACAUUACAUAGCCAAUAAACAAAUACGGUGAUGCUGUUGCCAUUCGAUAGCUGCACCUCUAAUAAUCUUCUCAUAUCAUAAUUAAGACUAAUAGGUUCAAAUAUUAAAUUAAGCUUUUAGUUUUUGAGUGUUGAAAUUGAAUAAACCAAUAAUUAUAAUAAUAAUAACUCCAAACGAAUAAUCUGGAGAAUAUUGUGCAAACCAUGGUUAAAGCAAUAUCAAGAUACCACCAUUUCAUCACCAACUCCAAUUCAAAACCAUUUGUAUUAUCUUUGUGUAUGUAAUAAAACUCACAUCUUCACUAAGUAGUUUUUGAAGUGAGUUUGAUUAGGAUAUUGUAUUUGUUUGAUUCAAUUUUGUGAUCAUCACAUGAUUGUUUCAAUCUUUCAAAACCCACUUCUGAUUUCAACAGGGCUUGUAAAAAAUUAGACCUUUUUUUUGUGGGUCAUCUUUCUGCCUUUUACCCUAAAUUUUAUCAGGUAUUAGGCACUGAAAAAAGAUAUAUUUUUUGUUUUUGUAAGUGGUGAAGAUAAAUAUUAGUAUGGGAACAAAUAAUCAGGAACAUGAAAUUUUAGAUGCAGGAUCUGAGGUAACAUAUCAGGAGAUGGUAGAGAAUGAAGUCAAGGACACAAGGAAAGGUGCGACACACAAAAUAAUUGCAGAAAGUUGCAAAUCAAACAGCAUGGUCAUAAAGAAAGGACAUGCAAUGAUUCCGGCUCACAUCAUAGCUGAAGCGAUAUCGAGUAUCCGCGAAAUUGAUCUAAGAUGGUCAGGUCCAAUUACACCAAAAGAAAUGGAAUAUGUUGAACAGUAUGUUCUAGCAAAGUAUCCAGAAUAUUCAAGGUUGAUUGAAGGAGAUGGAAAUGGGAUAGAUAUGUCAACCUUUAUCAUCAAUGAGGAGCCUUUAGAUGAAAAGGGAAAGUCACCAAGAGGGACUCCUAGUCCUAGAGAUUCUGUUGCAUAUUCAUUUGGCAGUAGUUUACCUGAUUCUGAUAGAGCCAAGAUUCAGUUAGAACCAUCAAGGUUACUUGAUAUUCUCAACAAGAAAUCUUCGUUUACUGGAAGUUUCAUCUCGAUCCCGGAAAUCCAAGCUCAAAAUAAGGUUUUGAAACAUUAUGGCUUGGCAGAUGAUGAGUACCUUGUUCUUUUCACUCCAAGCUACAAGGAUGCUAUGAUGUUGGUAGGUGAAAGUUACCCUUUUGUUAAGGGAAACUACUACAUGACCAUUCUUGAUCAAGAAGAAGAUUAUAUAAAGGAAUUUGCUUUUUUUAAGGAGUCAAAGGUGAUACCAGCACCAAAGACUUGGUUAGACUUGAGGAUUAAAGGGUCUCAGUUGAGUCAAAACUUUAGGAGGAGGUGUAAGAUCAGUCCAAAAGGCUUAUUCACUUAUCCAGCAGAUGCUAGUGGAACAAUGCAUUGGAUCUCAGAGGCUCAUAGGAACCAUUGGCAUGUGCUACUUGAUGCCUCUGCAUAUGUUGUUGGAAAGGAUCGGCUACAUCUCGCGCUUCACCGCCCUGAUUUUGUGAUCUGUAGUCUUGACAACAACACUAAUUCCAGUCCUUCAAGAAUCACUUGCCUCUUAGUCAGAAAGGAAUCCUUUGACACCUCCGCUGCUUCGUCUCAAGCUGAAUGAAUGUUAUUUGGAUGGCAUGUGAGAUUAAACUGCAAAACAAUUAAUGUUUGUAGAAUGAAUAAAUUAGCACAUACACAUAGAAUACCACUUGUUAGUUACUGGACAUGUAUUUCUAAAUCAUCUGGGUUGUUUGUAUUUUUAUGUUUAGUUAAUUGGGGUCCUAGUUUGUGUAUUUCAACCAAACCCCAUUUUUUCUUACCAGUUAAAUGGUUUUCAAGACUUUUUAUGUCUUAUUAUUACUAUAAACAGCUAGCACAAUUUGGAAGGUACCAAAA